AUGGCCCAGUUCUAUUACAAGAGAAGCAUCAGUGCCCCUUCCAGAGACCGCAUCCCUCUCCGCAUCGUGCGAGCUGAGUCUGAGCUCUCGCCUGCUGAGAAAGCCUAUCUGAACGCCGUGGAGAAAGGCGACUACGCCAGCGUGAAGCAAGCCCUGGAGGAAGCCGAAAUCUACUUCAAGAUCAACAUCAAUUGCAUCGAUCCCCUGGGAAGGACGGCCCUCCUGAUCGCCAUCGAGAAUGAGAACCUGGAGCUGAUCGAGCUCCUCUUGAGCUUCAACGCGUAUGUCGGGGACGCGCUGCUUCACGCCAUCCGGAAGGAGGUGGUGGGGGCCGUCGAGCUGCUCCUCAACCACAAGAGGCCCAGUGGGGAGAAACAGGUGCCACCCAUACUUCUGGAUAAACAGUUCUCGGAAUUUACGCCAGACAUCACACCCAUUAUCCUUGCUGCGCACACCAACAAUUAUGAGAUCAUCAAACUUUUAGUCCAGAAAGGCGUUUCGGUGCCCAGGCCACACGAAGUCCGCUGUAACUGCGUGGAGUGUGUCUCCAGCUCGGACGUGGACAGCCUGCGCCAUUCCCGAUCCAGGCUGAAUAUCUACCGGGCGCUCGCCAGCCCUUCUUUGGUCGCCCUGUCCAGCGAGGAUCCUUUUCUCACGGCUUUCCAACUCAGUUGGGAACUCCAGGAACUAAGCAAAGUGGAGAAUGAGUUUAAAUCGGAAUACGAGGAACUGUCGCAGCAAUGCAAGCAGUUUGCAAAGGACCUUUUGGAUCAGACACGGAGUUCCAGGGAACUGGAGAUUAUCCUUAACUACCGGGAUGAUAACAGUCUAAUAGAAGAGCAGAGCGGGAACGAUCUGGCGAGACUGAAACUGGCAAUUAAGUACCGUCAGAAAGAGUUUGUUGCCCAGCCCAACUGCCAGCAACUCCUCGCCUCCCGCUGGUACGACGAGUUCCCCGGCUGGAGGAGGCGCCACUGGGCCGUGAAGAUGUUGACUUGCGUCAUCAUCGGCUUCCUCUUCCCCGUCUUCUCCGUCUGCUACUUGAUAGCCCCCAAGAGCCCGCUGGGGCUGUUCAUCAAGAAGCCGUUCAUCAAAUUCAUCUGCCACACGGCAUCCUACUUGACUUUCUUGUUCUUUCUGCUGCUCGCCUCUCAGCACAUUGACCGAUCCGAUCUGAACAUGCAGGGGCCUCCGCCAACCAUCGUCGAGUGGAUGAUAUUACCGUGGGUCCUGGGCUUUAUCUGGGGUGAAAUUAAACAAAUGUGGGAUGGCGGACUGCAGGAUUAUAUCCACGACUGGUGGAACCUGAUGGAUUUUGUAAUGAACUCCUUAUACCUGGCGACCAUUUCGUUGAAAAUUGUUGCCUAUUCAAAGUACAGCGGGCUGCUGCCCAGAGAGAGCUGGGACAUGUGGCACCCCACGCUGGUGGCCGAGGCCCUCUUUGCCAUCGCCAACAUCUUCAGCUCUCUGCGCCUGAUCUCCUUGUUCACGGCCAAUUCUCACCUGGGACCCCUGCAGAUUUCGCUGGGAAGGAUGCUGCUGGACAUUCUGAAAUUUCUGUUCAUCUACUGUCUCGUGCUGCUGGCUUUUGCCAACGGGCUGAACCAGCUGUAUUUCUACUAUGAAACCAACGAAGCCAAUAAUUGCAAAGGGAUACGGUGCGAAAAACAAAACAAUGCCUUUUCGACGUUGUUUGAAACCCUCCAGUCGCUGUUUUGGUCUGUCUUUGGACUCAUCAACCUGUACGUAACCAAUGUGAAAGCCAGGCACGAGUUCACCGAGUUCGUCGGGGCCACCAUGUUUGGCACUUACAACGUCAUCUCGCUGGUGGUUCUCCUCAACAUGCUGAUAGCCAUGAUGAACAACUCCUACCAGCUCAUUGCGGACCACGCGGACAUUGAAUGGAAGUUCGCUCGAACAAAGCUGUGGAUGAGCUACUUUGAAGAAGGGGGGACCCUUCCCACUCCCUUCAACGUGAUCCCGAGUCCAAAAUCUCUCUGGUACCUGAUCACAUGGCUGUGGAGGCGAGUGUGUGGGAAAAAGAUCCGAAAGAAACCAGAGAGCUUUGGAACGAUUGGGAGACGUGCGGCUGAUAAUUUGAGGAGGCAUCAUCAAUAUCAGGAGGUCAUGAAAAAUCUGGUUAAGAGAUACGUGGCAGCGAUGAUAAGAGACGCUAAAACAGAAGAGGGGCUGACGGAGGAGAAUUUUAAGGAGCUAAAACAAGAUAUUUCCAGUUUUCGCUUUGAAGUCCUCGGUCUGUUAAAGGGAAACAAACUCCCCAACGCACAGUCCUCAAAAACAGGCAAAGAUGACGACGACUCUUUACCGGAGGCCGAGGAAGUAGAAGAGGCUGCAGCACAGGACAAAGUGAAGCGGAGGACCUUGAGCCUCUUUGACAUCACGACCAUGAUCCACCCGAGGGCCGCUGCACGGGCCUCCGAAGCACACAUCCUGAGCAAUGGCUCGGCCCUGUUGGCUCCCGAGUCUGCCAGGGACAAGCACAAGAAGGUGAACUUUGUGGCUGACGUGAAGAAGUUUGGCUUCUUUCACAAACAGUCCAAAAACGCCCCUGCCGAGCAAAGUGCCAACCAGAUUUACUCCAUUUCCGAAGAAGUCGCCCGCCAACAAGUGGAGGAGCAGUUAGAGGAAGCUGAGGAGGCGGAGGAGGAAGAACUGGUGGUGAACUGCGAGCUGAACAUCCACAGUCCUGGGGACAAGCCCAUGGUGGCCCCCAAGAAGCCAGCUAAAAACAAGACUUUUGAUUCCGAGCCGGACACUGUGGCGACCUCCACCGACACAAAGGAUAGCACGAGGCGGGAGACCGAGCUGCUCACACCAAAGGAUUUGCUGGACAAGGAGUUGGACUUCAGUAGGGACUCUGCUGAGAAACCAGAGACCGUUGUGCAGGACAAUUACAUCACGACGAGGUUGUGA